CAAGUUGGCAGCCCCUGCCUUUCGCCAUCACUGAUAACAAAGGCGGUUUGUUUUGCUUAAAACUCAUUUAAAAACACAUUAAAAACAGCCAUGGCAGUGGGGAAAAAAGAAAAGCCAGUGGCUAAAAAGAAAAGCCCGGAGAAGGGCAAAGCGCCAAAUGCUAAAACAUCCCCUGCCACCCCACCUGCAGCGGUAAAACAAAGGACUGUGGUGACCCCUUGGCGAGACACGUUGGAGUUCAAUGAGACCUAUGCCGGGUUAUUCGGAAAGGGCUCCAAGACCGCCGAUCGUCGCCAGGCUCUGAGUAAAAUCCGCGUUUGGGGCCUGCGACGAGCGAACCUCUGCCCGGCGGCUGUCCUGGCCACAUCGGUGCUCGUCCAGGCCCAGCUGGCGGACAAGGAGGGCAACGCCACGAUACAGACCACCUACGCCAGCGCCUUCUCGAGGUUUUACAACUUCAUGUCCUCCAUAAUACAGGGCCACAACAUGAGCAGCAUGUACGAGACGGCCAAGGAACUGGGUCUCCAGUCGUUCAUCGUGGACCUGCGGCACUUGUGUGCCCACGGACAGGAGCUGCCGCCGGUGGAGGUGCUAAGGAGCACCUCCCAGCACUGCCUGGAGUGGCUGCGGACGUACUACUGGCUGCCGCACAAGGAGUCCCUGUCCAAUUUGGACGCGGGCAAGCUGCAGCGCAAGGACAAGCUCAAGUUCGAGGAGGAGGUUAGCAGCCUUCUGGAGAUUUACGACCUAACCCUGGAGUGCCUUCUAAGGGGAGCGGACAAACUUAAGGCCAUCAGCAAACUGAAAUCCAGCGCAGAGUUCAACAAGAUUCGCGUCUACUCCUCCGGCAAGAAGGCGAAGGUCUCCAAGGAGAUCCUGGACUCUGUGCUGAGCGACCUCAGUGUCAAGAUAAAACGCCAUUCCUCUUCGAUGAAGGAUCUGCUGGACAUUUACAUGGGUUGUCUCCUUAAAAUGCAGUACUUCCUGGGCGUCGGCUUGGAAAUCGGUGACGACGAGGAUGCGCUUGUUGCUGGAACCCAGGAUCUGUUUAGACUACUAGCCAUGCAGGGCUACAUCGAGAGUUUCUUUGUGGCCUUGGUUCGCUUGGCUGAGAAUCCAAACGAAAGUGAUGAAAGGCGGCUGGGGGCCAGGUACUGGGCCACCAAGAUGAUUCAAACCUUUGGAAUGCUGUUCCGCAUGAAGCGCAUGUACAAGGAGGAGCUUGAUUUGGACAAUAAACUAAAGCCGGUGGACUUCUCCUCCCUCAACACAAAUGUCCAUUCGAAAACCAUGCGCCGCCUCCUGGUACACUCUGGCGUGGACUCUGCAGUUACGCUUAUCUUUGGUGACAAUCCCAAAAAGGCCAAGACGUGGGUUUUCGAUAGGGAGUUUAUAAUGCAGCGAGUUCCUCCCUUUAGCGAGUACUCGGGGGCUAUUCUCAAGGGCCUGUUGCCUCUGGCGGAUCCACCUUUUAGUCAGACUCAGUUGGAGGCGUUGACCAACCUCUGCAGUAUACGCUUGAAGGAAGACCAGAAACCAGGGGAGCCAGAACCUAUGGAAGAUGAUAGUUCCUCGGAGGAGAGCUAUAGCCUGGAUUACCUGGAAAAACUCCUGUCUGCCCAAGCUCAGAGUAGGGGAAAUACAUUUUCCAGCGUUGAAACCUCGGAUUUGGGCUUUUGGAGCAUAGAGAAAGACAACGACUGGUCCAAAUGUGCCUUGGGUGUUUUGCCGUGGGCUCAAUAAAAGUGUUGAUAACAUUAAGAUUGUUUAAUUUUAUUAGCAAAUAAACUCUGUAAAAACUGA